GUAACCCGAAAUUACAACACGUGUGGCAAGCCGCUUUAGGUCUGAAGUGCACUUCAAGUUGUCGCUCAUCAUCAACACAGACUUGUCCAACAUACUGAAGCGAGAUGGAUCCGAGAAAGAUGGAAGAGGCCAUGAAGAACCUCUCGGCUGAAGAACGCCAGGCUUUGGCCGAGCGAAUGGACCGAGAAAUGGACGAAUACAUGGAACAACUGGAGUCCUCGGGCUCGAGAUACAUGGAUGGGUGGAGCGAAGACAACUGGGAGAAGGAAAUGGAAGAACACCCCUUUUUCUCUACGGCGAUUCAAGAGGGCAAGGAAUUGCCGCCCUUGUUGAAAGGUAUCCAAGAGCUCAAGUACUCGGCCGACGAGAACACACCCGAAGAACUAGCCAAGAACUACAAAGAGGAUGGAAACUUCAAUUUCAAGUGCAAAAAAUAUCGAUUUGCCAUUGCUUCUUAUACGGAAGGACUCAAAUGCAAAUGCUCGGAUGAUCUCUUGAACGCUCAACUACUCACUAAUCGAGCCGCAUCACAGUUUCGAUUGAAAAACUUCCGCUCGUCAUUGUUGGAUUGUCGAAUGGCUUUGGCCAAAAAGUCGGAUCACCUCAAGGCUUUGUUAAAAGGAGCCGAAUGUGCUCUAGAACUGAAACGAUUUGAUGAGUGCGUUCAAAUUUGUGAUAAAGGUAUUCUGGCUCAUCCAGAGGAAGCCAAACUAGUCAAUUUUCGACAAAUAGCCAUUGUGAAACAAAAAGAAAUCGAGCGAAAUCAAAGACGAGAGGCAGCAUUGCAGAAGAAAGCGAAGGUGGAAGAGGCCAAACUUUUAGCAGCCAUCAAAGCUCGGGGAAUCAAUGUGGUGAGCCAAAAGGGUCAGUCUGACUUGGCUUUGGACAGCCUGGAACCGACUCAUCCGGCUGCCCUCCGGAAACGUGUGCAUUUCUCAGCCUUAGAUGCCUCAAGUUUGGUAUGGCCUGUUCUUUUCCUCUACCCCGAACAUGGAGAGACUGAUUUUGUCGAAGAGUUUGAAGAGAAUCAAUGCUUUGCCGAUCAUCUUGACGUGAUGUUUGGCAAGGAGAGUCCCAAAGCCCCGUGGGAUGUGGAGGAAAAGUACGUCCCGGAACAGAUGAAUCUUUUCUUUGAGGACAUACUGAAUCAAAAACUGGUGUCGAUUAAUCGACAAUCUACAUUGAAAACUGUCUUGAGUGACGCGCGAUAUCGUUUAGUCGGGGGCACACCCGGCAUCAUUGUCACCGUCAAGGGAAGCAAAUUUGAAACAGAUUUCCUCGGAAAGUACAAGUAGAAAGAUUUGAUUUUUGUGCAUAUCAUGAACAUUUGAAUUAAAACUAUUUUACCUGCUGUGCCUCAUACAAAUCAUA